CACUGCAUAUUGUGUUCAACUUUUGUAUAUGUUAAUGUUUUAAAUCUCCUUGGAGCACCAUUUUUCUUGUGAUCAACUUAAUUAAUUAAGCAGUGUCUUUCAUGGCCAAGACCAAGAGAGUCCUCGCACUCUUCCUAAGGUUCCUCGCCAUUGGAGCAACUAUAGCAGCAGUGAUUGUUAUGGUUACAAGCCAUGAGUCUUCUCAGGUUCUCGACCUAACCUUCACUGCCAAAUAUAGCGACGACAAAGCAUUCAAGUACUUUGUGAUAGCAGAAGCCAUAGCAUGUGCAUACAGCCUUAUUGUGCUCUUCACAUGUUCCCAAAGUUCACUUGCUCGUUUGAUUCUGAUACUAGAUGUGGUGAUAGCAAUGGUACUCUCUUCAAGCGUGUCAGCAGCAGUGGCAAUAGCACAUGUUGGCAAGAAAGGAAACAGUCAUGCUGGUUGGCUACCCAUUUGUGGACAAGUUCCUAAGUUUUGUGAUCAUGUCACUGGAGCUCUUGUUGCUGCUUUCGCUGCAGCUAUAAUAUACUUUCUGCUUAUUUUUUCUACUCUUUACUCUGCACAGAACCCCCUCUUUCUGUGAAACUAGAAAACAUGGAAAUCUUAAUAUUAUGUGAUCAUCAUACUAUAGUGUUUAUUAGAUCUUCCAGUCCCAUCACCCCAUUUGUGCUGAUUUAUAGAUAUAUAUCAAUAUUGAUGUACAGAUCAUAUAUGUCAAAUCAACAGCCAACGAAUUUGCUUUUA